AUGAUCCUGUUCCAAGACCAUCGCGCCCGAGAUAUCUGCCUCGUCACCACGCCCAUCGAGACAAGGCCCUUUCUCCUUCUUCAAGAAUUCUAUACAACCCUGGGCUUCCACGUCCUCCGGAUGUUCAGGAGGGUUCGAGCCAAGUCCGUAGACAGCCAAUCCCUCCUGACUCUUGUGGCUCGCGCUGUCGAAUAG